AUGCUUGACCGUGCCAUCAGCAGAAAAGACCUCGACUUGGCGGGGGAGAUCUACCUCGAUACCCCCACCCCACGCAAGCCAAGACUGUCCCAGUGGCAGCUACACAAUUUGGUUACCCUGAUAUUCAAUACGCAUACAGACAGUCUCGCAACAGCAGACACGGCGAUCCGCAUUCUGGACGACCUCGCGCUCGAGCUGUCUCCCUCCGAGCAAACUAAACUGGUGUACUUCCACACGCGCACAUUGCCAGGCUUUGAACAGGUCGCACAGGUCGCUGUGGACCGGCAGUUCUUCCACCCACACACCUGGAGCUUCCUCAUAGACACGUACCCGGGCCACAUCGAACAUAUCAUCCAGCUGAUGCAGACCCGCGUCCCGGCAGACGGCGGGCUGGUGCGGUGUUUGGUGGAGAAGUGUUCCUCGCUCAAUACACUGCUGAAUCUGACUGAUUUGUGCCGUGCACAAAAAAUUCACCUUGACCGGGGACUGUUAGAGCGGAUUGUGCUGAAACUCGCCGUGUUUGGCCAGCACGACGCCGUGCUGUCCAUCUUGGAGGCCAUGUUUGCGAGCGCAAACAAAGUUGCGGCAAAACCGUUCCACGUGCAAAGAGCCAGCACCCACCAACCGUGGGUCAAGUCCCCCACCGUUUACGAGCACCACGGACUAUAUUCCAUCAAACGGUCUGCCAGCAACAACCUCCGCGUCGACAGCGUCAACGAGUGGCUGCAAACCGCGCCCGAUAUGCCGCCCGUGCUGUACGCGAUCGCCCCCACGCCGUUCCUGCUGCACGGCCUGUUCAUGGUGAGCGCCGCGCAGUUCGACCGGGUCGCCCAGCUGCUCAACAUGAUGACCACCGCUCAGCUGCCCAUUCUCAACAAGACCGUCCUGCAUCUUGUUGCCGAGAUUUAUAACCAGCCGCAAGUCGACCGCAGCCACGUCGACCUGUGUUCCCGUCUGAUCAGCCACUAUGCCUUCUCCAGAGACUUUAAUUCGUACCUGGAAACACAGAUCAUCAACCCGCAGUUCAACAAACAAGAGCUGCUGCCGUUCGUCAUGGCUCUGGACAGAGGCGACAAGAUCGUCUUUGACAUCUCCAACGGGGCCGGCUGGGACAUCCGCUGUUACGACUCUAUUCUGUUCGACAUGGUGUCCAGCGUGUACCAGCGGGGCGGUAACAAAGAGCUCGCAAAAAAGCUCUCAUCUCAAAACAUGUAA